GUAACCAGCGACCAUUGAUCAGUAACCAGUGACCAGUGAUCAGUAACCAGCGACCAGUGAUCAGUAACCAGCGACCAUUGAUCAGUAACCAGCGACCAGUGAUCAGUAACCAACGACCAGUGAUCAGUAACCAGCGACCAGUGAUCAGUAACCAGUGAGUGAUGACUAGCAACGAUUGACUGAUAACCAGCAAGGGGUGAAUGAUAAGCAGUGGGCAGUGACCAGCAUCGGCUACCCAGUGUCCAGUGACUGGGACCAGUGUCCAGUGACCGGGACCGGGACCAGUGUCCAGUGACCGGGACCAGUGACCGGGACCAGUGUCCAGUGACUGGGACCAGUGACCGGGACCAGUGUCCAGUGACCGGGACCAGUGACCAGGACCAGUGACCGGGACCAGUGUCCAGUGACCGGGACCAGUGUCCAGUGACCGGGACCAGUGUCCAGUGACCGGGACCAGUGACCAGGACCAGUGACCGGGACCAGUGUCCAGUGACCGGGACCAGUGUCCAGUGACCGGGACCAGUGUCCAGUGACCGGGACCAGUGUCCAGUGACCGGGACCAGUGACCGGGACCAGUGUCAGGAUGCAGCCGUUCAGCAUCCGUUGCUAUGGUGACUGUGACGGUCAGCGUGUGAGAGAGCUGUACACGGCGGGGGUGUGGGAACACUUCCCUCGGGCACGCCGACACUUGCUGGGACAGUGGUGGGUGUGGGUGGCUGUGGGGCUGGUGCUGGGGCUGCUCCUGGCUCUGCCCCUGCCGCCCGUACUGGCCCUGGGUCUGGGCGCGGUGCUCCUGGCCACCGUACACCAGCUCCUGCGGCAUGUCUGGUCCUCCCUCAUCAACCAGAACCUGCGGGCGGACCUGUUGGACCCGGCCAGCCACUACCUGGGCCGAGAGGGCGGCUGCUUCUGGGUUGCCGAGUGCCAGGGGCAGGUGGUGGGCACGGUGGGUGUUGUGCCCUCCAACGCCUCGCCCGCUGAGCUGGAGCUGAAGCGCCUGAACGUGGCCAUCACCCACCGCAGGAGGGGCAUCGCCAAGGCCCUGUGCCGUACCGUGCUGGCCUUUGCCCACACCAGUGGCUUCACCGCAGUGGUCCUCAGCACCUCACUCAUCCAGACUGAAGCACAACACCUCUACCUCAAGAUGGGCUUCCAGCCGACCAGCACCGUGCUGCCACCCAACCUCCUCGCCAAGCUCACCAACUACACCAUCCACCGCUACCGGCUCACGCUGGCAGGGGAGUUCAGGAGCUUGGACCCCAAGUACCCUCUGGGCAUCAAUGCUGUCAAACAAUCUAGCGGAGGAUCUCAGCCGGACCCGGACCCGGACCCGGCACCCGGAGCAGCAGCGGCACCGGCGACACCGAAGUGGGGCUGGCAGCGGCACCGGGAGCAGCAGCAACAGCAGCAACAGCACCGGGAACAGCGGCAGUGGCACCGGACCGGGAGUGAGCUGAGCAAGGAGCAGGGAGCUGAGCUGAGCAGGGAGCGGGCACCGGGAGUGAGCUGA